UUCUAGUUUCGCCAGGACAGCAGCAAGAUCGAGCAGAGAUGUCACCACCGGUGAAGCUCAUCGGCGCCUUCGGCAGCCCAGCCGUCCACCGUGCGGAGGCGGCCCUGCAGCUCAAGGGCGUGCCUUACGAGCUCAUCCUCGAGGACCUGGAGAACAAGAGCGAGCUGCUGCUCACGCGCAACCCCAUCCACAAGAAGGUCCCCGUGCUCCUCCAUGGCGACCGCACGGUCUGCGAGUCCCUUGUCAUCCUCGAGUACGUCGACGAGGCCUUCGACGGGCCGCCGCUCCUGCCGGCCGACCCCUACGACCGCGCCAUGGCUCGUUUCUGGGCUCAUUUCAUUGAUCACAAGUGCGCCAAGCCGUUCAUGCUGUCGAUGUGGUCGGAGGGAAAGACGCAGGAGGAGUCCGUGAAGGAGUCGAAGGAGAACCUGGCGCUCCUGGAGGAGCAGCUCAAGGGGAUGGGGAACAAGAGGUUCUUCGGAGGCGACUCCAUCGGCUACCUCGACAUCGCCGCGUGCGGCGUAGCUCACUGGAUAAGCGUGCUGGAGGAGUCGGCUGGAGUAAGUCUGAUGAGCGACGAAGAGUUCCCUGCUCUGUGCCGGUGGGCCGACGAGUACACCUCCGACGAAGCUAUCAAGCAGUGCCUGCCGGACAGGGACCGACUUCUGGCCCACUACGUUGCAAACAUGGACAAGUUCAGACUGAUGGUCAAGGCAAUAUGAUGUCCUUUGCAGCAAGCGGCAAUUUGUACGGCUUAAUCUCUCUUGUGACUGGAGUGGGGAAUCCUAAUGUAUGGAUCGGAUCAUGAUGUAGACACGAUGUGUGUGUUACUGUUGGGUGCGCUUCAAUAAAAUGGACAUGCUAGCUGUUACACUUGUUGGAAGCAAGAA